AUUUCAAAAAGCUAUAUACAUGAGGGGUCUACAUACAUUCAUGCUAAGCAGUAUCCUCACCAACUCUCUCCUCUCUCCCUUCGUUACUCUCAACUCUUCCACUCUAACAAGAAUCUAAUCGAACUCUGUGUUUAAAUCCAUGUUGACCCCUGCAAGUUUUAGUUUUGCGAAGGAGGUUCUCCCCCCUUCUUUGGAUUCUGCAUCUGAGCCACCUAAUCUCUUUGAUGGGACUACCAGGUUGUACAUAGCCUAUGUGUGCCCAUAUGCCCAACGUACCUGGAUUGCUAGAAACUAUAAGGGAUUGCAGGAAAAGAUCAAAUUGGUUCCCCUUAUUUUGGAAGACAGGCCAGUGUGGUACAAGGAAAAGGUCCACCCUGCAAACAAGGUUCCUGCUCUAGAACAUAAGAAUGAAGUCAGAGGAGAAAGUCUGGAUUUGGUAAAAUAUAUAGAUGCUAAUUUCGAAGGCCCCGCACUGCUUCCAGAUGAACCCGCAAAGCGACAGCUUGCAGAGGAGCUGCUCACAUACAGUGAUGCGUUCAACCACGUUAUGUACAGCGCAUUGCCUCAGAAGGGAGAUGUGGAUGCUUCAGUUGAUGCCGCCUUUGACAAACUGGAAGACGCCCUUUCACAGUUCGCUGAUGGUCCCUUUUUCCUUGGACAGUUCAGUCUUGUGGAUAUUGCGUAUGCUCCCUUUGUUGAAAGGUUUCAGACUUUCUUUUCUGACGUUAAAAACUAUGACAUCACAAAAGGCAGGCCCAAGCUGUUGCUAUGGAUUGAGGAGUUGAACAAGGUUGAUGCCUACAAGCAAACCAGGGGUGAUCCUCAGGCGCUUCUUGCUAGGACGAAGAAGAGGUUUGGGAUUGAAUGAAAUCUCCUCCUUUCUGUGGUGUAUCGAAGUAGUUUUCUCUAUCGCAACUUAAUAAUGUUAUGUCCAGUUGCCCCAAACUUUGUUAAUGGCGACUGUAAAAUGAGAAUAAACUUGAUGCAGAUGUUAAAUGUACCCUCUUAAUUUGGCUAUGAUUUGCUUGCUAUUAAUGAGGUGACCGAAGCAGCGGUUGUUGAAGCUCGUGCUUUUCAUUUUGUCACACUGAAAUAAAUCUGAUGUGUGCUGAAAAACUUACUAUUAAUGCAGUGUCAGUAUUUGGGAAGAAAA